UACUAUUUUGUACCGGAAUAACUGGAAGAGGAAGCGUGCUCUGGUUCAGCGCAUGCGCAAACGUGUAGUCUGCGGGGAGAAGCGUGAGCUGGACGUUAAGGUCAGCUCACAUUUACUCGUUCAGAGAGUCUGAGAUUCUCAGUCUCGGCUUCUGAGCCCCCUGGUGUGUGAAGAUGGAUUUCCAACACAGAGCUGGAGGGAAAACCGGCAGCGGUGGAGUUGCCUCCGCCUCGGAGAGCAACCGAGACCGCCGGGAACGCUUACGGCAGCUGGCUUUGGAAACGAUAGACAUCAAUAAGGAUCCGUAUUUCAUGAAAAACCAUUUGGGGUCUUAUGAGUGCAAACUGUGUCUCACGCUUCACAAUAAUGAGGGGAGCUAUCUGGCACAUACACAGGGAAAGAAGCAUCAGACUAAUUUAGCAAGAAGAGCAGCCAAAGAGGCAAAAGAAGCCCCUGCUCAGCCGGCACCCGAGAAAGUGAAGGUGGAAGUGAAGAAAUUUGUAAAGAUUGGACGGCCAGGUUACAAAGUAACAAAACAGAGGGAUCCAGAGACCGGCCAGCAGAGUUUGCUUUUCCAGAUUGACUAUCCUGAGAUCGCAGAGGGUAUUGGACCCAGACACCGUUUCAUGUCUGCAUAUGAGCAGCGUAUUGAGCCUCCUGACCGUCGCUGGCAGUAUCUGCUUCUGGCAGCAGAACCUUAUGAAACUAUUGCAUUUAAGGUUCCGAGCAGAGAGAUCGACAAAUCAGAAACUCGAUUCUGGACGCACUGGAACAGGGAAACAAAACAAUUUUUCCUGCAGUUCCACUUCAAGAUGGAGAAGCUUCUGCAGCAACCCAGCGGACAAGUCCCCCCUGCUGGCGUGAAGCGGCCUCCUCCUCUGAUGACCGGCCUUGGCCCUCGACCGCACAGUGAAAUCGUGCCUCCUCCGCCUCCUGGCGGCAUCCCGGGAAUGCCCCCCAUACCCAGCGCCCCUGCACCUCCCCAGAUGCACCACGCUCCCGGCAUGCCUCCUCCCGGUACACUGCCACCUCACCUGAGACCACCGAUGCCUACUGACGGAGGAAUGCCCCCGAGAAACUGAGUGGGAAGCGCUGAAGAUCUUUACACAUUUUCUAGACACGUUUAAAAGUUUUGUAAAUAGAAAAUGGUGAUCUGUACACAUGAGGAUAUGGUGGUUAUUAAUAUUUUUGUAAUGUUUUAUAACCAUUUAGCUUUUUUUUUUAAAUGAGGUCAGAUUAACAUGGAAUUACAGUCUCAAUUUGAUGCCCAUGAUCUGGAAGAGAGCCCUUGAUACUCCAGUGUUUUUCAACCUAUACCUAUAACACAAUGUCUGUUUGCUAUAGACCUGCUCCAGCACUGCACCCAUUGGCCUCUGUUACACCCAUUGACCAAAGCUGCAAUAUUCCUUUUGUUUAGAUUUGGUUGAAAAACACUGGAGUAUUUCUUGUUUAUCAGUCUGUAAAUCAGGUUGUUUUAGUUCCAGCGAACAUUAUCUCCCUUCUGUUAAAGCUACCACAUCCACUUGCCUAGAACUUGUGUGUGUGUGUACCUGAUUCUUUGUUUUUUUUUAAUUAUUAUUAAAAUGUAAAAAAAAAAAAAAAAACUGGUGGUUUAUUAAUUAAAUAAUUAGUCUUGAUUGAAGGAGCGAAUUUAGGGACUUCUAAAUACAGCCGCUUGCAAAAGUAUUCAUAAUACUUGAAUUUUUCCACAUUUUGUCACCUUAAAACCCCAAAUUUUAAAUGUUUUUACUGAGAUUUUAAGUGACCAACACAAAGUAUUGCAUAUGGAACAAAAAUGAUGCGUGGUUUUCAAAAAUUUUCAAAAAAUAUUCCGCCCCCUUUACUUAAAAAAACCCUAAAUAAAAACCAGUGCAAUCAA